AUGGCCCCCUUGGUCUGGGUCAUCUGCUGCCUCCUGGGGUGCCUCCUGCUCUGUAGGGGCAGCCCUGGUCCAAGUGUGCCCCGCCUGCGGCUCUCCUACAGAGACCUCCUGUCUACCAACCGCUCUGCCAUCUUUCUGGGCCCUAGGGGCACCCUAGACCUACAGGCCAUGUACCUGGAUGAGUACCGGGACCGCCUCUUUCUGGGGGGGCGAGAUGCCCUCUACUCUUUGCGGCUGGACCAAGCAUGGCCAGACCCCAGGGAGGUUCUGUGGCAGCCACAGCCAGGACAGAAGGAAGAAUGUGUUCGCAAGGGAAGGGAUCUCUUGACGGAAUGCGCCAACUUUGUGCGGGUGCUGAAGCCCCACAACCGAACCCACCUGCUGGCAUGUGGCACGGGGGCCUUCCAGCCCACCUGUGCCCUCAUCACAGUAGGGCAUCGUGGGGAGCAUGUACUCCACCUGGAGCCUGGCACCCUGCAAGGUGGGCGUGGUCGGUGCCCACAUGAGCCUAGCCGUCCCUUUGCCAGCACCUUUGUAGGUGGUGAGCUCUACACUGGCCUUAUUGCUGACUUCCUGGGGCGCGAGGCCAUGAUCUUCCGAAGUGGGGGUUCCCGGCCAGCCUUGCGUUCUGACUCCGACCAGAGUCUCCUGCAUGAUCCCCGGUUUGUGGCAGCUGCGCGGAUCCCUGACAACUCCGACCAGGACAACGAUAAGGUGUACUUCUUCUUCUCUGAGACAGUACCUUCGCCUGAUGGUGGCCCAGGCCGCGUCACUGUCAGCCGCGUGGGCAGAGUCUGCGUGAACGACGCCGGUGGGCAGCGGGUGCUUGUGAACAAAUGGAGCACUUUCCUCAAGGCCACGCUGGUCUGUUCAGUGCCUGGCCCAGGUGGUGCUGAGACUCACUUCCACCAGCUGGAGGAUGUGUUCCUGUUAUGGCCGAAGUCGGGGAAGAGUCCAGAGGUGUAUGCGCUGUUCAGUACAGUCAGCACUGUAUUUCAGGGCUUCGCUAUCUGUGUAUACCACAUGGCUGAUAUCUGGGAGGUCUUCAAUGGACCCUUUGCCCACCGGGACGGUCCCCAACACCAGUGGGGCCCCUAUGUGGGCAAGGUGCCCUUUCCCCGCCCGGGUGUGUGCCCCAGCAAGAUGACGGCGCAGCCAGGACGGCUCUUUGGCAGCACCAAGGACUACCCGGAUGAAGUGCUGCAGUUUGCCAGAGCCCACCCACUCAUGUUCCGGCCUGUGAGGCCCCAACAGGGCCGGCCCAUCCUUGUCAAGACCCACCUGGCUCAGCAGCUUCGCCAGAUCGUGGUGGACCGCGUAGAGGCAGAGGAUGGAGCCUACGAUGUCAUCUUCCUGGGCACCGAUUCAGGUUCUGUGCUCAAGGUCAUCGUCCUCCAGGCCAUGGGUUCUGCUGAGCCUGAGGAGGUGGUGCUGGAGGAGCUCCAGGUAUUUAAGGUACCAACACCCAUCACUGAGAUGGAGAUCUCUGUCAAAAGGCAAAUGCUUUAUGUGGGCUCAAGGCUGGGCGUGGCCCGGUUACGGUUGCACCAAUGCAAGACCUAUGGUAGUGCCUGUGCUGAAUGCUGCCUGGCCCGGGAUCCCUACUGCGCCUGGGACGGUGCCUCCUGUACCCAGUACCGGCCUGGCACCAGCAAGCGUCGCUUCCGCCGACAGGACAUCCGACAUGGCAACCCUGCCCUACAGUGCCUGGGUCAGGGCUUGGAAGGGGAGGCUGCAGGGCACAUGGUGGCCACCAGGGUCUACGGCACCGAGCACAACAGUACCUUUCUGGAGUGCCAGCCCAAGUCUCCCCAGGCUGCUGUGCGCUGGUUCCUGAAGAGGCCAGGGGAACAAGGCAAUGACCAGGUGAAGACCGAUGAGCGAGUAGUACAAACGGACCAGGGGCUGCUAUUCCGCAGGCUCAGCCGUCUCGAUGCCGGUACCUACUCAUGUACCACACUGGAGCACGGCUUCUCCCAGACUGUGGUCCGCCUAGCUCUGGAGGUGAUUGCAGCCACACAGCUGGACAGUCUGUUCCCUCAGGAGUUGAGGCAGGAGGCGCACCCAGCUCGGGGUGGCCUGGUCCCUGCCCCAUCCAAAGCCUGGUACAAGGAUAUCCUGCAGCUCAUUGGCUUUGCCAACCUGCCCCGGGUGGACGAAUACUGUGAGCGUGUGUGGUGUCGCGGCAAUGGGGAGCGCUUGGGUAUCUCCCGGAGCCGGAGCAAACAGACCAAGGGCAAGGCCUGGGCAGGACUGGAGCUGGGCAAGAAGGUGAAGAGCUGGGCACAAGCUGAGCGCAACCGGACACCCCGGGAGGUAGAGGCCACAUAG